GUCAGCGAUCGGGCCAAAGGUUUGAAGAUGAAGCCGGAGGUGGAGGAAGGAGAGGUUUUAAUUGGUCUGUCACCGUGGGUCGACCUCGUUACGAGAGAGAGAGAGAGAUGAUGCAGAUUAAUUUAAUGAUCUUAACGUUAAUGGAGAAUUGAUUAGGGAAGAAAGAAGGAAACUGUUUUCACUAACCAUUGGCUGCACAUUUAAGCCUUUUGGUUUCAUUGUGUUUGUUUUAAUCCACAUCAAUAACUAUUAAGUACAGAAAACUUUUGCCGGUGCCGAGGCCGUCCUUCUUCUCGUUUCACACCUUCCAUCCAGUUUACAAAUCCCCCUCGCGCGCGUCACGGGUGAUUAACGUGCGAUACAGUGCGACGCCCGUCAAAAUGAAUGGCAGCCGCUCACGUAUGACGAGCUGCGCGCACGCGCCGCCGGACCGGGAGGCAGCGAGUUUGUCCCACUCAGCAGGGGGGAAGCCUUGAAUCAGCCGGACUUCGGUUUAAUUGAGAAAGUGCUGGUCUCUGCAGGAGGGCAACAGGAAUGUGCAUAGUUAAACUCUACUUCUCAUUUGUCCUCACGAAAUGCUGAUGCAAAGGCAGAGGCUGCGAGAAACCAGGAGCCUGAAAGAGGAGGGGGGGGGGGGUGAGGAAGAAGGAGCUGGACUGUAUAAUAGAUUGCCCUAUUACUUCUACUGCCCUUCGGAAUUACCCCUGUUCGAGGCGGGCUGUCACACACCCGGAGCGCAUUCAUGCUCAGCUGCACACAGAGGAUGGAGAGUGGCCCUCGGAGGCGGAAAGAAGGAUGGUUAAGUCACCGGUAAAGGCGCGGAGCGAGGACGUACGAUGCGCCUCGGUGAUGGAUCACCAGGGCAUCAGACGGCAGCGGCAUCCUGUUGCCGCCGCCGCCGCCGCCGCUGCUGCAUUCCUGCAACACCGACGCUUAAACGUGUGCAAAAUUGACUUUGCAAUUACCCCCGCUGAAGAAAAGGCGCUCCCUGUGCUGUUAUGCACCAAGCGCCAGUGUGACACGGAGCCAAAAGCGUAAUUCAUCAGGCUUCAUAAAAGCCCAGCUGCGGAGGCGCUGAGGCGUGGGUGACAUCUGCUGGCUCGCUGUCCAACUGCACGCGCGCCCGAGCGCCACCGUCUGCGGCGGCGUUAGCGAUGGCGGCUCCGGGAAACAGAAAGUGGGGUCAAUGAGACGAGAAGGCGGUGGGAGGAAGCCAAUUAGCGAGCAGCGCAGUGGGAGCGGCGGGCAGCACCUUGCUCACCGUGCGCAGUCCCUUCCUUGGGGUCCUGAUUGUAAAUCUCGUUGAGCAGCUGCAGUGAUGGUCACAGCUCUGACCUGGCAGCAUUACAGCGCGGUGCUGAAUGCCACCAUCAGCCAUCAGGGCUGCUGUGCUGUGUGCUUUUAAUUACUCCGCUGAUUGGAUUAGGGCCUCUCCUCCGCUGACACGUCCCCUCCACUUAAUAGGAUGUUAUCGACAAAGCCAGCACAUACAUCCACUUGCCUGUGACGUCUUAUUUGUCAGAGUGGCCCUUUUUGGUCUUGAAUGGAGUGGAGUAGAUGAAUCGACGGUUCCGUCCGGUCACAGCGACCUGUGGAGCGGCUGGAUGACGGAAAAUGUGCAAACGCAGCGGGGAUGACGGGGCUGGAGGGAACAUUUGGGGGGAAUUUCACGAGGACUGGAUCGAGGCUGGAGUCUGUGCAUCGGGCACAAACGCAGACACCGUGGGUCAAAUGCUGCCUCUGAGCUGCACCACAGACUCAUCACCUCCAGUAAUUCAUUCCGACGAAGCCCCAAAUAACUAUUAGCGCACAAAUAAGGCUUUUAAUAAUUCAAUAAGCCAUAAACCAUAAUAAAACAAUGAAAGGCCUUGAAUAUUUUAAAUCUAUUUAUGGACUUGUGAAGACAUGCACGUGUCUCCACUUAGUGCUGUGUGUGAGUGAUGGUUGAGCCGCGCACGCUCUUUCCCACUUUUGCUAAAUUAAGCGGCGAUAAUCGCUCUGUCUCCUGGUUGUAGCUCCAUAUUUCACAGAUUAGCGCCGUUUGUGCCUCCGGCUGAACUUGGCUAAAAAUACUGAGCUGCUGAUGUUUCCGGGAGCUACACAGACGUCCUGUAAGCUUUUUUAUUGCAGCCUUUGACUAAUCCAAACAACGGAGCCGUGAUUUUCCCCGCGUCUCCUCGUCUCACAGACAGAGACGCUGCCGCCGGUCGGCGCUUGUUUAUCCUUUGACUGAGGCUCCGCUGCAGAUCACACAGAAGCAAUUAAGAGCCUGACCACAAGAUGAACUCAAUAACGUCCAGGGCACGAAGCAGAUUUGCCAUUUACCAGGCACAGCAAUUAGGGGAUUGGGAAUAUCCCGGUUUAAUUCUACUUUCUUAGCCGCCCGAGGAAGAUUUGCAAUAUAGGAGACUAAUUGAAGGCCUGGUGGCCAGCGGCCACAGAAGCAGAACUGACACAGUCACACACACUCCCACUACAGCAGCCGGGAUUUACAAGCGCUCGGCUAAAGGCUUGAAUUAAUUUGAAGCCUUGCAGAUGUGCAUAUAUCCUGUCAGCAUCCCGCUAUUAAAAUGACAACAUAAUUUAAGCGCGCUCGUGGCCCGUGUUUAUCAGCCACCCCGGCAAGAGUCCUGUGCCGGAGUGUGAGACGCCAUCUGCGUUUAUCAGCCGCGGUCCACGCGGCCGUGGAGCUGACAGCCGCCGGCAGCUUCCUGUCUGCGGAGCAUCGCGCCCAGACAGCAGCAUCUGUCUCCGAGCAGGAGCAUAAUUCAUCUAUUUUACAUCUGGAGGGACGUCUGAGGGGGUAAAAACCACGCUAAGUGACCGUGGUGCGCUCCACCGGCACCCCCCCCCCCCCACACACACACACGCAUACGCGCGCUCCCGUCCUCUCUGCCCGUCUUUAAAUACACGCUGUCCCCAGAUUAGAUAAUACUGCUUUUCAUCCCGCUACUAUCCGGAUGCUAACCCUCCCUUUGCUCCGUGGGCCCUUCUAUCUGGAGCGAACUCUAUUAUCUUCAGACCCAUCUGUCACGAGGAUUUAGAUAAAUAAAUGAUGCCGAAUGUCAUUGUUAUGACUUUAAAGCUUAAUACUGCGCCCUGCUCUGUGCAUAUUGUUUGAUUGUGGGGUGGCAUAUUUGAUAUUUCAUAAGCUCAUAAGUAUCAGCUCGAUGCCUCUCUUGAUUAAUCUGCGGUGCUAAGCUGCUGAAUUGAUACUGAGAACAGAUUUUACUUUUAUUUUUUUGAAGAUUAGAUUGAUUUAGAAAUGAAAAAAACUUGGUAUAGUCCAUUUGGAUUUGGAUUUCCACCACAACAAUAAUUGUACCAGUUUUUGGAAUUGCAAAUAGAAAGUGAUGGAGCAUUUCCUACAUUUGGAGCUGCUUUAUGACACCAACGUAUAGACACACACACGCACACACACACACACACACACACACACACACACACACACACACCAACGUGCACACGCAGGGAGGGGAAAAUCUGCCAAUCCCGGCUAAAACAACCCCGACAGAUGACUCAUUCUUUGCCUUUGCUCCAUGUAACAUCUGCAACUUAGAGUCUUUGCGCUCAUUAAGCCCCUCCAGCUUUAAGAAAGACGCCCUGAUGGCGGACGGCUGCAGCAGGAAACAGGGCCAGCGGUGGGAAUAAACGCCUAAAAUGUAAAGGGAAUCCACGGAAUAUCGUCGUGUCUGCUUCUUCAAGCUCAGGGCGUACGCUGCUCAUGGGUUGCUGGAAAGUCCUCACGUCCCGUUGAUCCCAGUGACGCUGUGUGGAGUGUUUUUGACCUGACCUCCCUGGAGCUCACUGCCGUUUGCGGCUUCGUCCGUUUUUAACUGCAAAGCUUUAAUGCUGACACUUUCCCCAACGGUGGCGACGCAUCGGAGUCCUUAUGGAAGUUGCAACGGGAUUUUACGUGGACGACGUCUCUGUGAUUCAGCCGGACGUGACCUUCAAGACCAUAGGAAGAUUGAAUCCUAAAACGCCAUAAAACAGUGAAGGCCUGGAGGCUGGAAGAUGUUCAAAACUCAAAACAUCGUCUUUUAAAAGCACAUUACAGACAGAAAGCAAAAUGAAUACAAGCAAAUCUAACAGAUUCUGUGAAUCGUCCCCUUUGAACCCCCACGCCAUGGAGCACUCGCCCUCCAUGAACCUGUCGGGGAUGGACGGCGACGAGGUGGAGGACCAGCGCCCCCUCCUGCCGCCCAGGAUGGUCCCGCCGCCGCAGGCCUGCGCGCCCCAGUGCGGCAUCCACCACAGCGUCCAGACGUCCCUGGACCACAGCGUGUGGCUGGACAGGACCCAGGCCAUGGCCACCACCCCGCUGUACAACGGCCACCUGUACGUCACGCCGUCGCCCCGCUGCAGCAAGAGGGCCGACAAGGCCAAGGGCAAAGACAAGAAGGGGGAGAAGCGGGCGGGGGGGAGGGGGCAGAAUCCGGCCCAGAAGGAGCGCAACCACCAGUGCAAGGCCAAAGCGGCCCACAGGCUCCAGGAGAAGGUGACCUCCUUCACCGACAUCCCCAUCACGCCCUGCGGCUCGCCCUUCAAGGGCCCCUGCCGCUCGCACCUGGACUUCAAGGACGUGGAGGGCAGAGGUCGCCGCAACGUCUCCCUGGAGAUGCACGACCGGCAGACGCUGCCGGAGAUCAUCAUCACCAGCAAGGACGACGACGGCCCGCCGCACGCCGAGUACCGCCCGGACCCGGCCGAGGGCAAGGGCCUGCUGCCCGGCGCCGAGUGCCCCGGCCCGAGCCCCGGCGCCACGCCGCCGGCCAGUCCCAAGCGCAAGCUGAGCGCCAAGGACGACCGCUACUGGAAGACGCACAACAUCGGGUGGCGGCUGCUCCACCGCAGGGCGCUGUUCCUGCGGCGGCAGCGGCUCAACGACUGCGCGCUGGCGCUGGGGAUCUUCGGCGUGGUGAUGAUGGUGAUGGAGACGGAGCUGUCGUGGAGCGUGUACAGCAAGAGCUCCGUCUACUCGCUGGCGCUGAAGUCGGUGAUCAGCGCGUCCACGCUGCUGCUGCUCGGCCUCAUCGUGGCGUAUCACUGCUGCGAGGUGCAGCUCUACGUGCACGACAUCGGCGCCGAGGACUGGCGCAUCGCCAUGACGACGGACCGCGUGCUGCUCAUAGCGCUGGAGCUGGCGGCCGUGGCCAUCCACCCGUACCCGGUGGGCCUGGUGGCGUACUUCCAGCAGACCGCCGCCCGCCUCACGCUGUCGGAGACCGAGCUGGAGAUCGUGCUGGCGCUGCCCAUGUUCCUGCGGCUCUACCUGCUGGGCCGGGCCAUGAUGCUGCACAGCCGCCUCUUCACCGACACCGCAUCCCGCAGCAUCGGGGCGCUCAAUAAGAUCCACUUCAACACCCGCUUUGUGGGCAAAACCCUGAUGACCACGUACCCCGGCACGGUGCUGAUGAUCUUCAGCGUGUCUCUGUGGAUUGUAGCGGCGUGGGGCUUACACGUCUGCGAGAGACACCACAACUACAGAGACCUCAGUAGCAACUACAUGGAGGCCUUGUGGAUGGUCUCCGUCACGUUCCUGUCCAUCGGUUACGGAGACGUGGUCCCUCACACGUACUGUGGCCGCAGCAUCUGCCUCCUCACUGGGAUCAUGGGAGCGGGAUGCACGGUGCUGGUGGUGGCAGUCGUUGCCAGGAAGCUGGAGUUAACCAGAGCAGAGAAGCACGUUCACAACUUCAUGAUGGACUCCCACAUCUCCAAGAGGAUAAAAAUCUCUGCAGCGAAUGUGCUGAGGGAGACUUGGCUGAUCUACAAACACACUAAGCUGUCAAGGGAGAGAGACCACACCAGGGUCCGCAUGCACCAGAGGAAGCUGCUUCUGGCCAUUCACCAGCUGCGACGUGUGAAGAUGGAGAAGAGGAUACUGGCAGAUCAGGGGAACACCUUAGUGGAUCUUUGCAAGAUGCAGAGCCUGAUGUACGACACGCUGGCGGAGGUGCAGGGAUGCAGGGCCGAGCUGGACACACACAUCCACAGCCUGGAGAAGCACGUGGAGGAGCUGAGGGAGGGCUUCCGCAGCCUGAUGCCGCUCCUGUCCAGCACCCUGUCCACGCAGAACUCCUCCAUCCGCCACCUGCUCAGGGAAAGGGAGGUGAAGUCAGAGACUGCGGGCAUGAGCGGGGGCGACAGGUAGAGAGAGGCGGAGGAGGCCCACAGGACUCCAUGCAACCUGCCCCGAGGCGCUCCGGGGACCUGCACUGCUUUGGAUGCAGUGAACUGAUCACGUUGGGACGCUUUUCUAAUAGUGGACAUGGGAGUUGAUAAAACUGGGAAGGCUGUACAGAAUUAUGUAAAACCGUAAGAAUAGUGCAUUGUAGCACAAAUACUGUAAAACAAAAAUGUAGAAAUUAGUCAUAAUUCAACUCUUGCAAUGGAUUUUUGCACAUUUCCUGAAAUAACUGGACAAGAGCAACCUGAACUUUUAUCAAUAGCUGCAUUGAUUAGUUGAGAGAAAACAGCCUGCAACUGUUCCAACGACGUAAAUUCCCUCCACUCAAAUAUGUUGUCUCAUAUUUCACGUCAGCGUGUUGUUCUGAUUUCCAGUCACAGCAAUGUGCCGCUUGAGUUUCUCAGAACAUUCGUUUGUGCAAGUAGAUGAACAAACAUGAGUCAUCUGUUCGUGCUACGCAGGUGACAAACACAAGCUGAAGUUCAACUAAUGCUAUUAAUGAAACACGCUGAACGGUUUGUCGUUUCCAUGCAAAUAUUAAUUAUCUGUGUUUGGGGUAAAUGAUCUGAUCCUCAUGUUACAGUAAACUGCAGUGGAGAAGUGACCACUUUGUAAUGCUUUAUAGACCUCAAGCUGUAACUGGCAAAGUGAUCUUUGUCUGUCACAGCUGUAACGUAGAACUCAAACCAAAAGAACCCUGUGAAGAUUUUGAUUAUGUAAUAAAACACUUUAGUAA